CAGUCGCACUGCACCUGCAGAGUGGAGCACACCAAAAUAGCAACAUUCCUAGAACCUCAAAAAAUCAAAACCAAUUUCACAUGGAUUCCUCCAUCUUUCAUUCUCCAAAUUCCGAUUUCUCAUCGGAAUAUUCCUUGGGAUCGCCGGAAUCUUUCUACAGCCAAUCCUUCAACCAAGUUCCUCUCCCUUUCAAUGAAAAUGACUCGGAGGAAAUGCUUCUCUAUGGGCUAAUCUCAGAGGCAACCCAAGAAACAUCCAAAAGAUGUUACUCUAAUAGAAACUAUACUAAGGAAGAAGAGGUUAGUUCUGUAAUCAAAGGGAAUCCAAAGAAGGAGAUGAAGUCUUUCAGGGGUGUUAGGAGGCGGCCAUGGGGGAAAUUUGCGGCGGAGAUAAGGGAUUCAACCAGGCAUGGGAUAAGGGUAUGGCUAGGGACAUUUGAUAGUGCAGAGGCAGCUGCUCUGGCUUAUGAUCAAGCUGCUUUUUCAAUGAGAGGAGCUGGGGCUGUACUCAAUUUCCCAGUAGAAAUAGUGAGGGAAUCACUCAAGGACAUGAAGUACAGUGAAGAAGAAGAAGGGUGCUCACCUGUAGUAGCUCUAAAGAGGAAGCACUCCAUGAGAAGGAAAAUGAUGAGCAGAAGCAAGAGAGAGAGGAUAGAGAAUGAGGUAGUUUUGGAAGAUUUAGGUGCUGAUUACUUGGAGGAACUUCUCACUUCAUCUGAGAAUGCUAUAAGACCUUGGUGAACAAUUAUUUAAUAUUUUUCUUAAUUAAUUAUCUUCAUUUAAUCUUUUUGUAAUUGCUUUUCUUCACCUUUCAGCUGUAUGAUGAUUAUAUUUUGAAUAUGGCUGUUUGUGAUCUCGA